AGACUCGGCUCAUUCUCUCUGUUUCUUGAUUGUGGGUGGCUGGAUCCAGAUGCUCUGAUUGGCUGUUGUGAUUGGCUGCCGUGACGGGCCGUCCCUUUAACUGUGAGCUGAAAUAACCGCUCUCUUGAGUUGCUUUUGUCAGGCAUUUCAUCACAGCAACAUGAAAAGAGACUAAGACAGGACUCGACCGUAAGAAGCAACUGACCUUGUCUUUUUACCAGGAAUUUUACUUCAGGAGUGUAAAUUUGCACAGAAAUACUACAGAAGUGUUAUAGCUCUUUUAGAAUUUGUCCAGUAGGUUUUCUGACUUUUUUUGGACCCCCCCCCACACACACAAAAGAAAGAAAGAAAAAUCCCUGAUGACUUCUGCCCCAUUUCAAACAUUUUUAAAAACUACAAUAUAAUAUCACAUACAGAUGUCAGCUCAUACAGAUGUGUACAGCCCACAGUCAACUACAGAAGCAUCCUCAUAAGCAUCCUUCCUAUUGCCUUUUACACCCAAGCCUUCAAUGAAGCAGCAGUGGGAUGUUGAAAGCAUGCAGUCCAGCAGUGGCAUUUUGUCAGCCAUUGGGAACCUUCUGGCCCAGAUGAUUGAGAAGAAACAGAAAAAAGACCUUCAAAGUCUAGAUGUCAGUGGACCUCUCCGAUAUUUAGUUUAUGGGUUCUUUGUCACAGGUCCACUGAGUCACUAUUUCUACCUCUUAAUGGAGUACUGGAUCCCUCCUGAGGUUCCUUUGGCCAUUGUCAAGAGGCUCCUGCUGGAUCGCCUGCUCUUUGCACCAACCUUUCUGCUGCUGUUCUUCCUCAUCAUGAACUUGUUGGAGGGGAAGGAUGUCAGUGCCUUUGCUGCCAAGAUGAGGAGUGGCUUCUGGCCUGCACUGCAAAUGAACUGGAGGAUGUGGACGCCCUUGCAGUUCAUUAACAUCAACUAUGUGCCCCUGCAGUUCCGGGUGCUCUUUGCCAACAUGGCAGCUCUGUUCUGGUAUGCCUACCUGGCCUCUCUGGGGAAGUGAUGUCAGAUACACCGUGGAUGAGAUAUGGGGGAAUCCACCCACCAGCAGGAGAGAUCCGAAUCCAUCAUUCAGGACAUCACCUGACUAAAUUAUGUGAUUCAAGAUGCCUUAAAAUUACAGAGGGAGGAAAUGUGUUAGUGUCAGCAUCUCGUGUUUAGAGAGACAACACCAGACUCAGACAGUAGAUAAUCUUAGUUGUCACUGUAAAUAAAGUAAAGGUCAAUAAACAGUGAUAUAGCUGCUUCUA